AUGUCCACUUUGGAUACCCCGGAAAUCAAAACAUCCGCCAUUGAAUGGCUUCAGCAAUAUCACGCAGCGGGUGAUGCCCUCAAUCCCGAUGUUUCCGUUCCCAAAUUCUACACCCCAGACUGCGUGAUGCGCUUUCCAGGACAGCCUCCCUUGCAGGGUCACGACGCCAUUAAGGGUUUCUUCAAAAAGCAAUUCUCCCUUCUUGAUAGCAUGACACAUACAAUUGGCCAUGUGGAUGUGUUGCCGGAUCGGAUUUACCAGGAGGCCAAGAUUGAAUAUGUAGUCAAGGGGGAUCUGGAGCAGAAGAUCAUUAAGAUCGACGGCCUUGCAGUUUUCGGUAGACGAGUUGGAGAAGACCAGAUGAGCUUUUUCACUGUCUAUUUGGAUCCUCGUCCGUUGUUAGAGAGGAAGCAAAUGGUUUCUGCGAUGGGCAAUUAG